AUGGAGGAUGAGCUGAUGUUCAGCAUGGAGGAGGUGGAGGGCAGCGCCAAGAGAGCCCCUGUCCAACGCAGUGCCCCCAGUCAGCGGGCGUCUUCCCUCAGUGAUGCCAACGCCAGUGACGACGACGACGACAACCACUUCAUCUGCCCCAUCCUGGACGACUCUGCCAAAGAAGUCUGCCACUACCUGAAGAAUCUGGUUUACACCCGGCAGCUGUCGAACUCUCUUCCCAAGACCAACUUUAUGUUCAAGAGUGAAACAGAAACAGAGGCAGAACCUCGGUCGUACAAGGUUUUGUCUGAGAGCGCACGGGACGCCUGGAAGAAUGCGAUUGAAAAGGCCAAGGCCAUGCCCGACCCCUGGGCCCAGUUUCAUCUGGAGGAAAUCCAGACUGAAGCCUGCAUUCGUUACAGGUACAAUGCUGUCACAGGAGAGUGGAAUCAAGACCAGGUCCACAUCAAGAUGGCUUCCCAGCCGUUUGGGAAAGGGGCCAUGAGAGAGUGCUUCAGAACGAAGAAGUUGUCGAAUUUCUCACAUAGCAGCAACUGGAAGUCAGCAUCUAAUUAUGUGGCCAAACGUUACAUGGAGACGGUGGACAGAAAUGUUUACUUUGAGGACGUCAGGCUGCAAAUGGAGGCCAAACUCUGGGGAGAGGAGUACAGCCGCCACCGACCUCCCAAACAGGUGGAUAUCAUGCAGAUGUGCGUGGUGGAGAUGAAGGACAGACCAGGUAAACCUCUCUUCCACCUGGAACAUUACAUCGAGGGCAAGUACAUCAAAUACAACUCCAACUCCGGCUUCGUGAGGGACGACAACAUCCGACUCACCCCGCAGGCCUUCAGUCACUUCACUUUUGAGCGAUCGGGCCACCAGCUAAUCGUAGUGGACAUCCAAGGAGUCGGAGAUCUCUACACUGACCCUCAGAUCCACACAGAGAAGGGGACUGACUUUGGGGAUGGAAAUCUAGGCGUUCGAGGAAUGGCGCUGUUCUUCCACUCCCACCUGUGUAACAAGAUCUGCAAGAGUAUGGGCCUGACGCCUUUUGACCUUUCCCCCGCAGAGAAGUCACAGCUGGACUGCACCAACAAACUGCUUAAGUCGGCUCAGACGGUGCUGAGGGGCUGCGAGGAGCCCUGCGGUUCUCCUCGCGUUCGGACCAUGUCGGGAAGCCGGGCGCCUCUGCUGUUAUCCCGCCUGUCUGAGACGUCAUCUGCAGACGAGAGCAUGAGCGACGUGGACUCGGUUCCAUGCUCGCCUCUCAUCUUCCCCUGCUCCCCGCUACCUGCACCUGGAUUUCCGGGCAAGUCCCCCGUUGGAUUAUCUUUUACUGGGAUGAAUGAACACAAUAACAAUAACAACACAGGCGAACACAAGGACUCUGAUAGUGGCGGGGACAGCGGCUACCCCAGCGAGCGGCGGAGCGAAGGUGACCAAAAUGACCACGUGGACGGGAGGAAGAUGGUAGCUCCUCCAAGAGUCUCUGCCAACUUAUAUUCAAACACUCCUGACAACGAAUCGUUGACAGAGGAGAAGUGGAACUUCUACCAUUCGUCUCGCGCUCACAUCCAUCGACCUUCCUGUGUGGCCACUGAGGUGGAGCGACUCGGCGCUAUGCUGCAGAAGAAGAUUGGCCAGUCAAACCUCGGGAAGGUCCACCUGGCGAUGGUGCGGUACCACGAAGCGGGUCGUUUCUGCGAGAAGGACGAGCAGUGGGAUCAGGACUCGGCCAUGUUCCACCUGGAGAGAGCUGCACUGUGUGGAGAGCUGGAGGCCAUCGUAGCCUUGGGACAGUGCUGCAUGCAGCUGCCUCAUCACAUACUGCCAGACAUGGAGAUGGAGGAUAAUGCAGGAAACCGGAUGAAAGGUUUUAAGUAUCUGCUGCAGGCUGCUGAGGCUGGUGACAGAUCUUCUAUGAUCAUAAUGGCCAGAGCCUUUGAUAAUGGGAUCAAUCUGUCAGCUGACAGGAAGCAGGACUGGGAGGAAGCGAUUCACUGGUACGACAGUGUGUUGAACAUGUCAGACUACGACGAGGGCGGAGAGUUUGAUGGGACGCAGGACGAGCCUCGCUACCUGCUGCUGGCCAGAGAGGCAGAGAUGUACCAAGAGGGAGGCUACAACCUGAAGGCAGACCCACAGAGAGCAGGUGAUCUGUUUACAGAAGCGGCAGAAGCUGCCAUGGCGGCCAUGAAAGGUCGAUUGGCCAACCAGUACUACAUGAAAGCUGAAGAGGCCUGGGCACUAAUGGAGGAGUAAUUCUUUUUAUCACAGAAAGGCCACUGGGGGGUUAAUGUGCCUGAUAGUUGGGCUGAUUUAUACACAAUCAGGAUACAACCUGCAUUGUUACCGUUUACAUAUUUUUUUAUUGCUGAAUGAUUUGCACUUGGUGCUCUGUAUGCGCGCGCGCAUGUGUGUGUGUGUGUGUGUAUGAUCAGGUUUCCAGGUUUCUGCUCUUCUUUUUCCUGUUUGUGAAGCUAGUCUUCCUGGCUCCUGUUUUCUUUUAAUUUCCUGUCUCUGAUUACCUUUUGGAUUAAUGUGGUUGCAUGAAAGAAGAAGGUCUGAAGAAUCAAUAAAGAAAAUGGUUUACUUACUGUUGCCCUUAAAUGUUAGCACACUUAUGUUGGAAGUAUAUAUGUAAAAAUGCUUGGAGUUCAAAACUGUAAAAUAAAGUUUGGAUUGCUUUUUAUGGAUUAAA